UUACGGAAAGGACUCGUGAGACGAUCUAAGACGAUGAAUAACAAACCCUUCAAGGUGCAUUUUCUAACAGGACUGAAAGAUGGUCGGAAGAAAAGAAAAAAGUAACGGGUGCAUAAAUAAAAAUUCACUACAGUAGUUUAUUUCACUCCGUUUAACAGGAUUCGUGCAGUUUUAACUGUCUCUUUUCAUCUGCGAUUUACUGAAGAAGGAGGAAAGUUUACAGCCAAUAAACAGAUUUAAAAAGAGCCUGUGCCGUUUCCACUCUCCAGCAUGUGGCGUGGUGCACAUGCCACAUGACAAAGAUCGGGGAUCUCAACUCCUCUAUCCGACACUGACAGUCAGGCAGCCAAGUGACUAAAUAAGUUUCAAACGCCCAAUUUACAUGACGGUCGGACGUCGAGGAGGCCGAAUCCAGGUGCAGUGCUGUAAUACCGGACACGCAUAUAAAUCUGCGCCUGUGUGAUCGCACGUUGUCAAAGUGAGGACACACGCCGCCUCUGCGGCUGACUCGGCUCGGCGCUUCCCACCGCCGCAGGGCAUCGACGCGGAGGAAUUCAGGGCGGAAGUCUGCGCGUCCGCUCGGGGGCCGGAGCCGCUAGAUCGUCGACCUCAGCAGGGCGAAGGAGAGCGCCGCUCCGCUCGGAUCGUCGUGCCGUCCGGACCGCAGAGGACUGAUCACGCCCUCCUACAGCGAGACCAGCCGACAUGAGCAGCAGCUACUCGGUGUCCCUCCCUGGCCCUGCCCCCUGGGGCUUCCGGCUGCAGGGGGGGAAGGACUUCUGCAUGCCCCUCACUGUCUCCAAGCUGACAGACGGCGGAAAGGCGGCCGUGGCGGGCAUCGCCGUGGGAGACGUGGUGGUGUCAAUCGAAGGCCACGCCACCAUUGGCAUGACUCACCUGGAGGCCCAGAACAAGAUCAAGGCCUGCGUGGGGAACCUCAGCCUCGCCCUGCAGAGGGCCUCCGGGGUGUCGAAAGCGGCCGCAGUGGCUAAGGAGGAACCUCAGGAGAUCAUUAAACCGGUUCCUGUCAGCCACCCUCCUGCGGCCGCCGACUCCAGCAGCCCGGCUGCAGGUCCUGCCUACAACAAGACGGCCCGGCCGUUCGGUGGGGGGGCCUCUGUGAGCCCAGCUCCUUUCUCAUCUGCACCCAAAGUGGCUUCAAUCCCAUCAGCCUCUUCUGCCUUUACCCCUGCUGCCCCCACCUCCUCCCCUGCUGCCCCCACCUCCACCCCUGCUGCCCCCACCUCCACCCCUGCUGCCCAGCCCCCAUUCCCCAUCGGCGGUUCUGCAUCUCGACCCGCCGCACCACUGAGCUCCAGCCCGAAGCCCAGCCCUGGUCGCUCCACUCUCCCCCCUCCCGCCAGCACCUCUGGCCCUGUGGCCCCCCAGCCGUCAGUGUACAACACGCCAAUCAGCCUGUACUCCAAUGAGAAUGCCUGUGAGGUGGCUUUGGGCCAGAGGCGGGGCCUACUGGAGAAGCUGGGCGGAGCCGAGCACCUUAACGGGGCCUCGCGGAAGCCCGUGCCGGACCUGAAGGUGGAACCCCCGCACGGCCCGCCCCCGCACGGCCCGCCCCCGCACGGCCCGCCCCCGUCCGACGUGGGGAAGAAGCGCCUGGUGGAGGAUACGGAGGACUGGCACACCCGCAGCGGUACCUCCCAGUCACGCUCCUUCCGCAUGCUGGCCCAGAUGACCGGCACCGAGUCUGAAAAAGGCAUGGAGAACAUUGCUGUAAAGAAUGAGACGGUGGUCGAGCCCCAGCCCAGCACCCACCAUUCUUCUGCGUUGAAGGUUAUGACCAAAGCCCCUGCUGGCACCUCACGGAGCAGCCCUGCCGGAGCGGCGCAGGGCUUCAAACCCCCGUCCUGGCAGGGGGGCAGCCCAGCAGGUCCGGUAGCCUCCAAAGGUGUUGCUGAGAAGGGUCAGGUCACGGCCCUCCCUGGACGUGUCGGCCCCGGGGCCCCGAAGGGCCCUGUGUCGGACCGGCCCGUCCCCCAGCCGCACCCCAAGGACCAGGACUCACUGGUGCAGCAGGCCGAGCACAUGCCUGCGGGCACCCGUACGCCCAUGUGUGCCAACUGCAACAAGGUCAUCCGGGGCCCCUUCCUGGUUGCCAUGGGAAAGUCGUGGCACCCCGAGGAGUUUAACUGCGCACACUGCCACACUUCUCUGGCUGAGAUGGGCUUCGUGGAGGAGCGCGGCUCCAACUACUGCGCCCGCUGUUACGAGGAGUUCCUGGCCCCAGUGUGCACCCGCUGCCGGCAGAAGAUCCUGGGGGAAGUGAUCAAUGCUCUGAAGCAGACGUGGCAUGUACGCUGCUUCCUGUGUGUGUCCUGCCAGCAGCCCAUCCGUAACAACACUUUCCAUCUGGAGGACGGGGAGCCGUACUGCGAGCGGGACUAUUAUACCCUCUUUGGUACGAACUGCCAUGGCUGCGAUUUCCCCAUCGAGGCUGGAGAUAAGUUCCUGGAAGCUCUGGGAUUCACCUGGCAUGACACCUGCUUCGUGUGCGCGGUGUGCAGCACGAGUCUGGAGGGUCAGACCUUCUUCUCCAAAAAGGACAAGCCCUUGUGUAAGAAUCACGCUCACACGGUCAAGAUCUGAAGCUCACCGGCGACCAGGAAGCUAGCCGACGGGAGACUGGAAAAUCUUCACCAUUUUCACUAUGUUGCUUUUUUGGGUCUUUUGGUUUAGGGGGAUACUUCAUGUUUUUGCUAAUUCUGCUGUUGAUUUUGGCUGCGGAGAUUGACGUCAAACCAUUGUACGCGUUCCUGUAAUCACAAUAAACCUUUAAUUUUGUGGA